UUAGUCCAGAUGUCCGAGGCGGCAGGAAAUCUCAAUAGCCUCCGCAUGGCGAAUGUCGCUUUGAGAGAAGAAUUAAAUGCCCUUCGCGGGGAGAAUGCCAAUUUGGGCCUGCAGCUUGGGAGAGCCUUGGCCGAGGUGAAUUCCUUGCGGGGCAAUGUUUCCAGCUACAUCCGCUGGCCAGUGCCGGUGGUGCCCGUGUUGACCGAGGAGAACCUCGAGUUCACGCUCAGCCAGAUCGACGCGGUUCCCGAGGGAGAAGUGCCCCUCACGUGUUGGCCUUCCCCGCGCCCUGAGCCCGAGUGCGCCUCGGAAGAACUGCGGGUGAGCGUGAUCCAGGACUGUGGCACCUCGGCCGGGCCCCUCCAGCCGCCCCCGCUGCCCCCCCGCCCGGCCGGCACUGCCCCUCCCUCGGUGAAGGACCUGCCCCCACCGCCGCCGCCUCUGCCGCCGCUCCAGCGGCCUGAGAUCGAACCCUUUGCGGGCGACCCGGUGUACCUGGCUGAAUUCCUGAUGCGGCUCGAGACUUUCAUAGCCGACCACGAGGAUCAUUUCCCCGGGGGCGCCGAGCGGGUGACCUUUCUGAUCUCCUUUUUCACGGGUAGAGCCAAGGACUGGGCCACCGCGGUCACCCAGGAAGGAAGCCCCCUGCACGCCAACUUCCCACGCUUCCUGGACGAGACCCGUAAGGAAUUCUGUGGCCCCAUUCCUCCUAGUGUGGCUAAGAAGGCCAUCCGCAAGCUCAGGCAGGGGAACUGUACCCUCGGCAGCUAUGCCGACGCUUUUCAGUUCCUGGCCCAAUUCUUGUCUUGGGAUGACUGCCGCCUUCAAAACCAGUUCCUCAAAGGCCUGUCAGAAUUCUUCCGCAAGGAACUCUUAUGGUCAACCGAGAUGGCCGACCUCGAUGAGCUGAUUCUCGAGUGUGUAGAGAUAGAGAGAAAAGUGCGCGUCCCCAAGCCAAUGCCGCUCCCUGGGGUUCGCAAUAUCUUUUUCCCUUUUGCUGAGGACCCUAACGAAAAGGACAGCGAGGAGCGAGAGCCCCACAGCGAGGACGAAGAUGAAGAGGUGCGCAGGCGCAGGCUUUCCCAGCAGGACCAGCAGAGGCGAGUGCGAGCUCCUCAGCAGGAGAUGAGGGAGAAGGAGGAGGAGGAGAGAAGAAAGCAGGAGGAAGAGAUGAGCAGGAAGGAGAAGGGGGAGAUGAAACGGAAAGAGGAGGAGGAGGAGAAAGGCUCGCAGGAGGAGGCAGCUCAGGAGGAAGAUGAUGAAGAUGAAGAGGUGGAUGUGGAGAAAAUUACCAGUGACGAUGAAGAGGAGAAUAAACUUAGGGCAGGAAUUGUCAGUGAACUCGGCCCGGUUCCAGAGCAGGACCCAGAGCAGGAGCCAGAACCGGAGGAAGAGUCGGAGGACGAGUCCCAAGACGAUGACCUUGAGCUGAUGGAGAUGCCCCCGACCUAUGCCAACGCUUCAUCGCAGACUACUGGCUACUACCAUGAAAAUUUCCUGGAUGCAUCGCCUCCCAUAGUACAGCCUAGCAGACGGAGGAACCAGAAUCGAGUCCCGCUUCUGGAGGGCCUUCCAGGCACCAAUUCACCGUUCUACAGUUCCCCACCACUGAUUCGCCGUGCAGGUCGCCUGGGGCAACGCCAGAUUCGAAGACGGCCCCCGGUGCUAUUCCGCCUCACUCCGAGACAGGGGGGCCACCGUGGCGCUCGGGGCCGAAUUCGAGUGUGAGUGCUGGGGCGAGAUGGCCACCUGGAACACACCCUUCUGCUGUGACCCUUGCCCCCGCUUCUUGCUGCCAUUCCUGCCCUGUUUGCUGACCAGGACCUAAGGACCUCCCAGACCUGUGGACCCAGAAUGAGACCUGUAGAACUCCAGACCAUCUGCAGCUGUGACCAGGAAGGGACGCGUGCCUGACCAAGGCAGCCUGGGAAUGGAGGGGUGGGCACUAGCUGUCCCCUUGGCAUGUACCCUGCAGUCCAGCCACAGGCUAGAGAGCAAGUUUCCAGGCCUGUACCUGUACAUGAACUGGUCGCCCCCCUUGUAUUUCCCCUGUAGUUGUUCCUGACCCCCACCUCUCCUGAGUUUAUUCACCCUGUGUUCUGUGGUUUUAUCCUUUGACUGGCUUGCCAGGACUUCAUCUAAUGCCUCACUGAUCUGCCCUAGUGAGCAAAAGGACAGGCUACACAGAACUUCUGAAGCCACUGAGGCCAUUUACUACAUAGAACUGACGAAGAGCAGGACUGGUGUCAAGAAAUGUGCCUGGAAGCCUCCAUUUGCUUCCAGCCAAACCCCAAAGAGGACCAUGGUUGUGGCCCAGCAAGAGUGUGCAAAGCCAUAUGUCAAGUGGACAGCUGGCUGGGAUUUGUCCUCGACUUACUGUGCCAGCUGCUUCCACCUGCCUAUAGACGGCGGAUCUGGGGCCCUCCCCCAGCCCUACCAACUCCCCCUGGGCCUUCCCAGUGGACAGAGCCCAGUAUCACCGACUUUGCAUCUUUUUAAAAUGUUGCCUAAAAACUAGAAAGUUGGGUGGGGGAGGAGGAAGAGGAAUAAGCAGCAGCAACUCAGCUUGACAUGGCAAAGAGGGACUCUUUCCUGAGGGACGGUGGUCUCCCCACAGCCAGGCCUUGCAUGGUAGUCCCCAGCCAAAGGUCUUUGCAUGAGAUUUGCUAUAUUUGGGGUUUCAAGAGGAGGCUGCAUUGGCCUUUCCUUCCCAGACCACCAAAGAGAGAUCCAGCCUAAGGCCUGCCCUUUAACUUCAACAUAAAGGAUUCUUUAGUCCUGAGAAGUGAGAGAGGAAGGUUCUCUCUCCAGUGACUGUACCCACAGCAGCUUCGUGGCCUGGGUGUUCUCAUGCCUCUCACAUGGGGGUGGGGGCAAGCUGGGACUUGGUGCUGGGCUUUGAUUUGAUGGUGAGGCUUGAGAGGGUGAGUGCCUCCUAGUAACCCCUGGGUCCUCUGUUACAAACCUAGGUGCCCUUAUAAAGAGACCUGCUGCUUGCUUGCCUUGGGUCCCCAAACCACUGCUUUUAUAGUGAAAAAUACACACUGUGUCACUCUGGCCACAGAAUGUCAGCCAGAUCCGUUGCUGGCUUGAACUGCCCUCAACAUAGUCUCCUGAGCGGUGCUUCACAGCUGGGUAAGUGCAACCAAAGUGUUUCUGGGCCAGAGGGACAAAAACAGCAAAUGAAGCCUCUGUUAGUCACUGAGUGACAGAUAACCUCAGCCCAGCCUCUGGAGCAAGAAGAAAGAGCCGGAGGAAGAGGAAGCACAGAGACCCACUCCUUGGCUGGCUUCUGGUGAGGUCUCUAUUCAUCCGUGGGAGCUAUUUCCUCAGGAGACAGUCCUGGAAGGGGGGCCACAAUACUGCCAGCCUGUGGAUCCCGAUUGCUCAUGGAUGACACUCUGGCUCUGCUGCCCACGUCCCUAUUGGAGAAGUGGAAAGGACAGGUGCCUUGCACCCCCACUCCCAGGGACCCCUCAGCACAGGCCCCGCCUGUUCCCAUGGUGCUUCUUACUCUGAGCCCUCAGUAGCCUCAGCUGAGGAAGAAGCGAAUGAUCACUGAACUGGUGUCUGGCCUCUGGCGGCAAGGGGCCUUGAACUUCCCUUUGACCCUCUUCCCCCCUUUCCUAGAUCUUCAAUAUUUGUUGUGAUAUAACACCGAUAAGAGCUGUAAGAGGAACUAUGGGCUUUGGGUGCUUUCUUGGGUUGAAAGAGGGGUUGGGGGGAAAUGCAUGCAAGGGUCUGAAGGCAGCCCAAGGAUUCCCAAAGACUCAGAGGGAGUUCCCUUUGGAAUAAAUGUGUUAUUGUUAUUGUGUUAUUGUCCUAUUACUGUGUUGUGAAGAUAAGGAAUUAUUCGUUAUGCUAAAGCUUUCUCCUCAAUAAAAAUCCAAAGGGUGUGUACAGACUUGUGUCUCAGUGGGUUAUUGAGCAAGCAGAGGGGUACCCAGUAGGCA